CCUGCGCCGACUUCGCCUCCGAUGGCGUCCUCCCACGGCUGACACCCUUAUCUCCUACACGAUCGCGUAUGUUGGACCUUCGGCUGUCGGCAUCACGACGUCGCCCACCAUGAAUCCCUUUGCGAAUUCACCCAUGUUCGGUGGUUCUGGCUGGAGGCAGCCCAGCCAUUCGAUGCAGUACAGUACUGCCCCUCAGUACCACACGCAUGGCGCGACGAGCAGCAGCAGCGACAGCAACAGCCAGACGCCCCAGUACAGCUCCAAGUACCGCGCGCCCACGGUCCUGGAGGCUCUGCCUUUCACACCACUGACGAGCGUUGUCCCCGUCACCCCAGAUUUGCUCACAAUACCAACACCUGCGUCGUCUUCAAGGCCAAGCCUUUUCGCAAACGAGGAGCAACGUCGGCUCGCUAGAUCGCAGCUGGAAUCCCUAGACAGGGAGGCGGCAAGCAAUUCGGAGCUUCACGUUCAGUGCUUACAAAAGGUCAACCAGCUACUCAAAGGGACAAAUUUGACGACAUACGACUUCAAGCUUCCCAGCCAUCCUGGUCCGCCUCGACCGAGCAAACAACAAAUCCAAGCUCAGGAAGAGCGGCAUUCAAACCUGGGUCCGUUCGCUCGUGCUGUCCUAAACAGUGCGAAAGUGCCGUAUCGUUAUUCAAACCCAGUGGAAUCAACAGCCUCACCUUCAGCUAACACAGCCACGACCUUGCCAGACUCACCAUCCAGGAGACAUGUAAACCAAACUAAGGACAAAAUUAAGACAGCGCCGCGUUUGCCGCCUCAGCGCAGUGGCGACACGCAGGGCGAAACAGUCGUCGCACCUCCGAAAAACAAGAUGGUCUUGGAUCGCAUCGAAGUCUCCCCCCGUCAAUCGCACAGCUUGCUCCCUUACACCACAUCAAAGCCAACUCUCUCGGCACCUGCUCCUGAAAUGCCUCUGACGAUUGAUCCAAGAGAACUUCAACGUCCUCAGCCUUUUUCAACGCAAGUACAGAACAACUUUUCCUAUCAGCAAAACCAAGUUGUCUCCGCUAUUCCCGCAUCAUCAUCACAGCUCUCCACGCUCGCGUCGUCGCAAUUCUCAACACCAACCCGACAAAGUGCUACUCCUCCACCCAUGUCGCAACCACCGACACCAGCGCCUGCUGUGGUGAUUUCUGCGCCCGCCCCAACCAUGCAACGUUCAGACUACCAGGACUUUUCGUCUGUCAGGCAGGACUCUGCCGUGGGUCAGAAGCGGAAGCGCGAAGUCAACGAUGAGGGACUGGAUAUUUGCAUUGAUCAACGUGCUCGAUCUGAAGAAUCAUUGAAGGCGCUCGAGCGGACGAUGUAUGAGAUUGGAAGCAUGGAAGAAAAACUGCGGAACAAGGUUGCAUACGACACAUCCUUCUACUUCGCACAGACCGCGUACAACGAAGAGGAUACUCUCAUCCUGACUCGUCAAAUCCAAGAACGACUUGAAGCUGCCAUUGUCAAGGCUGUCGAUUCGUCAUGCUUCAACAAAGCGCCUGUUUCUAGCCUGGUCAAGAUGCAGAAGUUAUGUGAAAGCACUUUGAGCUUGAUCGAGGCUUUAGCGCUUUCUAUUGACUCAGAAGCCUCAUCAGAAGACGUUGAAGAGUGGCUGCAACGUGUUAGGUUAACCGAGAACUCUCUUCAAGCAGCUCGAAUCCUCCUUCGAAUCCUAACUGCCGGCCGUGAGGAUAAGGAACUUUACUCAGAAAACUCCCUGCAAACAAUUGCCGAGUGCCUGGACCUUGUCAUGAAUAGAGCCAUCAUUCCGGUUGUCGAAUGUCGUAACUCCGGCAAUGAAGAAGGCCUGUUCAAGAUAUAUUCCGCUAAUCGCAAGCCGCUCAGCUCGUUGUUCAACAUGUAUGGCCAAACGCUACGGCUUCUGAGUGACUUGGUUGCCAAGGUGGAUGUCGAUGCGGUUAUCUCCAAAAUUCAGGAUAUAUCUACGAAGUUGAUCUUCGUCGAAAAUGCGUACACAGACAAAGAUUCCACCCUUGGAAUAGCCCGCUUCGAGAAGCUAAGAACGAGAGCAAUGCACGUUGUUGCAUCUAUCUACCAUCGCUACCCUGCACAGCGACAGAUUGUCUUCAACGACAUCAUCACCUCGCUGGAGAAAGUACCUGUGGCUCGACAAAGCGCUCGUCAAUUCAAAGCUCACGAAGGAAAGUCAAUUCAACUGGUCUCGGCUUUACUGAUGCGACUCGUUCAAACUAGUGCUACGAGGUCUACGAGCAUUAGAAAGCAUGUCGACUCACAGCCAAAAUCAACCGAGGAUUCAUCCGAGGAAGACAAUGAUUCUGUGCGGGAAUCUUCACCGGUCAUGGCAGUGCAACAUGGUGACAUGGAAGUAGACGACGAUCUCGACACUGAAGCUGCUAGCUACGACCUUCGCAAGCUAGCUGAACCGCUGUACUCCAGUGCCAUGACAGACGCAUCCUACUUAAUCUCGUACCUAGUCAGUCGAGCGCAAAACACAACGAAGUCUGGCGACCAGCCGUAUAGAAAAUUGCUUGAAAUUUUUGUUGAAGAUUUCAUCAGUGUGCUAGGGCUUCCCAUGUGGCCGGGCGCGGAAAUGCUGCUUAGAGCGCUGUUGUCGAAGCUCUUCCGAAUCUUGAGCGAUGACAAGUCCUCUGGACCGGCUAAAAAUAUGGCACUUGAGAUUUUAGGCACGAUUGGAAGCGGUAUCAUCGAUCUACAGAUGUUCGUUGAGCAUGCAAGUCACACCGCUGAAAGCAGUGAUUCACCAUUGGGUGCCACGCUGGCCAAAAUUGCAAGUGAUUAUUUGAACAACGGAGAUGAGCAGCAGGUCAACAAGUUCCGUGGACCGUAUCGUGUCAUGAUGGAGUAUCUCCAUUCGCAGUCAUUGAGUGAUGCCCAGGCGCCAAGCGCACGGGGUCUCCAUCUUACACAGUGGGCCAAGACUACGCUCGUGUACAUGGACCGGGAAGAUGAAAAUCGACCAGAGGUCGCAGCAGACCUGCCUAUGCAACUUCGAAACAUGAUUCUCGACUCAGAGUGGCUGCAAAACAAUUACGAUGCGGUUGAGACCAGCAUCACUCCAGCUCAGGCACGUCUUGCCGCGUCUAUCAUCACCAUCGCUUCGCCAACGGGCCAACAUCUAGCAUCUAUUCUGGACAAUCUCGUAAAAUUCAUGACGAGCCCCCAGAGUAAUCUCAAGAGCCGAAGUCUUAAGAGUGUGACUGAGCUUAUUGAGAAGGACCCCGCAAUCUUGGAAAGAAACAGAUCAGUUCUCCACAGCAUUGUCAAAGGCAUGCAGGAUUCGUCACCACAAGUCCGCGAUUCUGCGUUGAUGCUUCUUGACAAGUGUCUAGUGCUCCGACCCAAGCUUGCUGACGGGUUCGUGUAUUCGCGCAUCAUUCAGCUUGCCUCUGAUGAAUCCAAGUCUGUUCGCAAGCAUGCGAUGAAGCUCUUGAAGGAUAUCUAUCUGCGCUCCAAAGAUCAGAAUCUUCAGGCCCAUAUUUCUGCGGCCCUGAUGGCCCGUAUCCACGAUAUCGAGCCAAACGUCGCGGAGAUGGCGCAACAAACUUUUGAGGAACUCUGGAUGGUACCAUUCUAUCGAACGGCACGCAAAGAUCCCGUACAACGCGAGAUGGAGCUGAAGGCUCAAGUCGUGCUCAUCGUCAAAACGGUUCAGCGUGGUGAAGACGCCGUGCAAGUGCUGGAUACGCUUCUGCACAAUGUACUCAGUCCAGAGUCGAAAACUCGCAGCGCAAACCUUGAAGUCUGCAAGGACAUGGUGCGACUUAUAUUUGAUGAGAUCAUAGACAACGAAGAGCGACCGGAUCGCCCGUCACAGCAGCACCUAGCACAAGCCCUAACGGUCUUUGCCAAGGCAGAGCCGAAAAUGUUCAGCAGCAAUCAGCUGAAGCUCUUGGUGCCUUAUCUGCAGAAUCUAACAAGUAAUGAACAUUUGCUGUUAUAUCGAUUCUGCGCUGUGAUAAUGCGAUAUGUCGUUCCCACGCUGUCGGCGGCAGAUCGUGAUCUUCUUCUCGAGAUACAGGCCAAGCUGAUGGCUCCGAUUUCGAAACUACCUAAAGAGGAGCUGGCCGAGGCGGCGGCCUGUCUCUGGGUACUACACGGCAUUGUAAAGAACGAGAAGAUCGUUGCCCUCAUGCGGUCGGCACUUGUGCAAGUCAAUCAACGCAAGGAGCUGGACUUUAAAGAUCCAGCAAAUGAGAAGGCACUUAGCCAUGUUAGGCGUUACAUGGCGAUUGUUGGCUUUUUCGGUCGUGAGUGCAAUGUCGACGAACACGCUGAGCUAUUCAGAGCAGUGCUUCCCUUCUGGAAGGGCAAAUCUGUUUCUGGUUUGAUCAUCGACCUCUUCUGCCCGUUUACGAGGCAGAAGUAUCCUGAGCCCCUGAGAGAAUCCGCAUUGGAUAGUAUCGCUACUGUUUGCCAGGGAUGGCCGCAACACUACCAACGACCUGACGUCAGCACUGCGUUUGAUCUCGUGUUCCGCAAUGAAGACCGACGAUUCAUGCAGGUCGUACUCAGUGGCUUCUUGUUGUUCUUCAAACAAGAAGAAAGGAAGUCGGAGACUGGCGCGGAGACUAAGGUUGGUCAGGGCGCAGCCAAGGGCCAUGAACGUCUGCAACAAUCCUUCAUUUCCGGAGAUGGCGAUGCAGGAGCCACGACUAUUGCUCAGAAAUUCCUUCCACACAUUCUUCGGGUCGCUCGCUCUUCUCUUGAUGACCUUGCCUUGACGGCUACGCAGGUCAUUGCAAGUAUUAGCCGUCAGGGCCUUGUGCAUCCCAAGGAGUGCGGAAUCACCCUCGUGGUAUUGGAAACGUCAACAAACAAAACAAUAGCGGAAAUUGCAUACACAGAACACAAAAUCCAACAUCAACGUCAGGAGAACGUUUUCGACAAAGAGUACAUGCGCGCUGUCCAACAGACGUUCGAGUAUCAACGCAAUAUCAUUCACGAUCCUCGCGGUGUAACUUUACAGCCUACGCAGCCGAAAUUGCACAUGCUUUUUGACGUCUUAAAGAUUGGAAGCGGGAAGGUACGUAAGCGGUUCCUUGGAAAUCUUGUUCAGCGUAUGGAUUUCGAGCUGCCAAAGCUGGAACUUGAUGGUGAGAUUCCAACUGCUUUACUCUUUGCGCGGUUCGUUUUGGAGAACCUCGGGUUUUUCGAUUAUGUGCGCAUUGACGAACUGCUCCACCUUGUGUCGUGCCUCGAGAAGCUCGUUGUUCAUGGCGUCGGUACAACCGUGGCCCACGCCAUUGAGGUUGAGAUCUUGAAGGUACAACUACCGCAGGGUGCCCAUGGGGCAAACACUUCUUUACCAACCGGAGCUGAUCCCGGAUUGUUUUCGAUUCAAGACCCGCAAAAUCCUAUCGCCGUGCCCCUCCCUACUGCUGAGCGCCUCAAACACCUGACUGUCGCUUCUAUGAUUCUGUCAAUGGUCUGGGAAACGCGCACGCAUCUACGACAACUCUGGGGUUUGGCGAAGCAGAAUAAGAACGGUUUUAAAACGCAGGCCAAGGAUCUUAACAAACCUGCAACGAAGACGCCGUUCUACAGAAGUGAGCUGUUGGAGAAAAUCGAAUCCAUCAUGUCUUCUCUAGAUGAUCCUUCAGCGAUGAUUGCGCAGUGCAAAAGCUUUGCCGAAAUUGUUGCAGUGGAUCAAGAGCACAAGAUUGCUUCUGACGAAGAGAACGAUGAAGCUGAGCUUGCUAAACAAGCGGCUGGGUACGAGACUCCUGACGAAGAUCGAGAAACAGCCAGCAACGCCGGCAGCACUGGAAAAGGCAGAAAAAGAAGAGGCUCUGUGGGCCCCAUGGGAACACCUUCUGCUAAGAGAACGAAGAACAUGGGAGAUACGCCGAAGAAGAAGCAUCGGCCACAGGGUUUGCAAAGGAUGAAGAGCAAAGGCGGCAGCACAGAUGAGGAUGACGACUUCUGAGUCGAGGUUCAUUUUAGAGCAAAGAAAGCCAAUUGCUCGCGGCGUUUUGGUCGACUAUAUUGGGCAUGGCUAAGGAGUGAAUUUUGGCAGACGCUUAGGCGGAUCUCCUCACUCGGAAAGUGAAGUGACAUUGACACUGUAUUUUGAUACCCCAUAACAUUGCUGCGUGAACGGCGCUGGCGAUAUGAAUGCAAUUGAGA